AUGGGUUUCAAAUUCACCAGAAGUUCUGCAUACCUCUCCAGAUACCAAACUCCUUUCAGAAGAAGAGCUGAAGGUAAGACUGACUACUAUGCCAGAAAGAGAUUAAUCACUCAAGCCAAGAACAAGUACGCUUCUCCAAAGUACAGAUUGGUCGUCAGAUUCACCAACAAGGACAUCAUCUGUCAAAUCGUCUCUUCCACCUUAACUGGUGACAUUGUUUUGACUGCUGCAUACUCCCAUGAAUUAAAGAAUUACGGUAUCACCCACGGUUUGACCAACUGGGCUGCAGCUUACGCUACCGGUUUGUUGGUUGCCAGAAGAGCUUUGAAGAAGUUGGGUCUGGACGAAACCUACACCGGUGUCGAGGAAGUUGAAGGUGAAUUCGAAUUAACCGAAGCUGUCGAAGACGGUCCAAGACCAUUCAAGGUUUUCCUUGAUGUUGGUUUACAAAGAACCACCACUGGUGCCAAGGUUUUCGGUGCUUUGAAGGGUGCUUCCGACGGUGGUUUGUACGUUCCACACUCCCCAUCCAGAUUCCCAGGUUGGGAUAUCGAGGGCGAAGAAUUAGAUGCUGAACUUUUGAGAAAGUACAUCUUCGGUGGUCACGUCGCUGAAUACAUGGAAGAAUUGAUGGAUGACGAUGAAGAAAGAUACUCUCUUUUGUUCAAGUCUUACAUUGCUGAUGACAUUGACGCUGAUGCCGUUGAAGACAUCUACUUGAACGCUCACGAACAAAUCAGAGAGGACCCAUCUCCAAAGAAAUCUGCUGACAAGAAGGCUGAAUACGCUGCUGCUUCCAAGAAGUUCCAACAAAAGAAGCUCACCAGAGACGAGAGAAAGGCCAGAGUCGAAGCAAAGAUUUUGGAAUUCAAGGCUUCUGCUUAA